CCCAUUCCUCCGUUUGAAUCCGCCCGCGUCUCCGCUCCCCGACUCGGCUGCUCUCGUUCCCCGAAUCCCUUUGGAUCAGCAGGCGGCGACGGCGAUGGCUGCCUCGAGAGGGCGGAUGGAGCCUCCUCCGGAGACGAGUCCCGAGAGGACCAAGGCGUCGAAGGAGACGCGGCCGAGGAGGGUCCCCGUGGUGUACUACCUCUCCCGGAAUGGUCAGUUGGAGCACCCCCACUUCAUGGAGGUCACGCUCUCCUCCUGCCGCGGACUCUUCCUUCGAGAUGUGAUCGAUCGUCUCAACUUCCUCAGAGGCAAGGGAAUGGCCAAUCUGUACUCUUGGUCUUCCAAACGGAGCUACAAGAAUGGAUUCGUGUGGCAAGAUCUCGUCGAAGACGAUCUGAUCCACCCUGCGCACGGCCAUGAGUACGUCCUCAAGGGGUCGGAGCUCCUCCUCAUACCCGUCCCUUCUUCGAGUUCCCUCGACGCCAAGGCCGCCUUUUAUGCCUCCAACAAACCCCUGCACGUCUCCACAUUCGUGCACGACGACCUCGAAACCUUGCAGAUCAGAAACAAAAGGGCGACUUGGAGCUCCUUCGACCUCAACGAGUACAAGGUCUACAAGACCGACCCGGUGGCCGAGACCGGCGUCAGGGCGGCGGACGCGUCGACGCAGACGGACGAUUGGAGAUGCAGGCAGCGAGAAGACGCUGCCGCGGGGAACGACAGGGACCGAGCGGAACCCCCGACAACCGAGCUGGAGAGGGAGGACAUCUCGCCGCCGCCGUCGUCUUCCAGUCCGGAGAUCCUGGAGAUGCUGAUCAAGGCGGACGGGCGAGCGGUGGCCGCGGGGCCGGAGGAUCAGAAUCGGCCGACGGAGAGCUACUCGGGCGGGCGGUUGCGGGCGUCCUCGGUGCUGAUGCACCUCCUCUCGUGCGGCUCCAUCAACGUGAAGGACCGCCACGGUAUCUCGGUGGCGGCGCCGCUGCCACGGUGCACGGACAGGGCGUCGCCACGUGGACGGUCUUCUUUUGGAGGCGCGAAGGAAACCGUCGACUUGAUGGCGGGCAAUGGCUCGGCCAGGAUCGGGCCGGAGGACAAAGACCACACUCGUCGGGAGCUUGAUCGAGACGACGAAGAAGGGACCUUGGCUGUUCUGAGUUCCAUGCCCUGAACAGGUCCUCCUCCUGCGAGGCGGACAGAUGAAGACCCAACGUAAUGGGCGGGUCCAAUGCAUCCACAGAAAGCGCAAAGAAGCAAACGCACAGCACCUUCGGAAGAAAACGAUGAACAGCAGGAAGAACAGUGGAGGACGUAAACGAAAGGACAGAAGAAACAGAGCUGUUCAGAGACGCGUCAGCCCAAAAUGAUCCAAAGAUAAAAAUGUAGUAGGAAUGUAAUAUGUGAAUGCUAGCUUUUGCCUUUGGUUCGUCGAAACCUGUGUGCAUAUGAAGACUGGUGAUCAGAGCUCAGCCCACAGGGCAGCCACCAGAAAGCACUCUAAGAGAAGUACGGUAUGAAUCGUCUUUGGCUGUGGUAA